AUGACCGUAGCGCAGCUCGUCCGCGUGCUCGCCCCGUCCUGCCGUGGCGCCACUCGGAACGGCGAGCACAGCAGCGGCGUUUCACGCACCCAUCUCCUGCUCCCACUUCUCCCACUGCUGCUGCUCACUUGCUUCUGCCAGCUGCACGCUGGUGUGUGGCGCGGCAAAUACAGGCAGCAGACUGUGAGUGUGCACGGGCGGGCGGGCGGGCAUAAAGCGGCGGUAUGGGGAGGUGACAUGGCAGGGGUGAUGCGCGGUGAUGCGAGAUUGUCCAAUGCCACUGUGACUCUCUCUCACCACGUUCCGCAGAAGCGCUCUAGCCGCUGCGCAUGUCCUGCAACGAGUCAUCGCUCUCCUCCUGAACGCACAGCUCACCUCAACUUCCUCGUUCCAACUCUCCUUGCCCCCUCUUUUGCCUCUCCAUGCCCCCUUCCCUAUGCUACUACCCUGUUAUCACCCAGCCUUCCCUCCUUUCCCUCCCUUUCCUCCUUCCACUCCCUCUUCUCAUCCCCUCUCCCAACAACCCUCACUCAUCUGUCGCACCAACCCUCUUCCGGUCCCUGCGUGCCCCCAUGCCCCUCCCCGCGUUGCUUCCCUACCCCACACUCCACCGUGCCCGCUGACCUCCGUGAGCCCGCGGCUGCACCCCCUGCGUCCAACCCUCUCCUGCCUUCGCUGGCAGUCAAGCUGUUUUGCACGUGCUGGCAGUGUGGGGGCAGCUUCGGGGCGGCUGGCAGGCGUGGUCGGCCAGCAGCGACUGCUCCACCGUGCAGGGCGUCGCAUGCGACGCUCGCAGGCAACGUCGUCUCCCUGGUACGUGAGGCAUGUGAGUGCUGCUCCAGCGCAUCGCAUGUGAGUGCUGCUCCAGCGCAUGUGAGUGCUGCUCCAGCGCAUGUGAGUGCUGCUCCAGCGCAUGCGAGUGCUGCUCCAGCGCAUGUGGGUGCCUUCAGAGUACUCUCGGCCCGCUUGCCAGGGGCGUGCCAGCAACGUGUGCAGGUACUGGCUAUGCCCCGGGGAUGGGACGCACCAUCAACGUCCCAGGCAUCCCUCUCCUCACCUCAGUACAUUGCCCCAUCUGUAGUCCUUCCACGUCUCCCCUCCCUCUCCCUCUCCUAA